AUUCGCUAGGCCAACGGCCGUUCCCACUCGAACCACAAAGGCAAAAAGGCUCUCUCUGGGGUCUUGACCCAGCCCUCAAUUUCCCGCAUCCAGUUGAUACACUCGACGCGGCUACCCAUCUUAAAUCAAUUAAGGAGCCCUGGGCACCACAUCAUCUAGCAUUGCCUCUUCCUUCACAUCCCUAUCCAAUCCAAUCCACGCUUCUCUGUCUCUUCACACCCACAAACUCAGGAAAGGGCUGCGUCAGUGUCGACAUGGCUGCCAACCAGCCUGUUGACCAGCAGCAACAGCAGCAGUUAGCGCAGUACCAGCAGUCACCGCAACAGCGACAUCAGCUCCAUGGUCCCUCUAUUCACACCGAACAGAGGCCAACCUCCGGCUUGUCGUCGUCACAGCAGAACGAGAAACGGCACGACGCACUAGCCGGGACAACCACUGCCCGAAACUCUACUUCCACAAAUUCUCUCUCUUCACGAUCCCUCGCGAGUGGGAAUGCGAAGGACGGCAGGGACUAUAUGGAUCAUCACAAGUGGGAUAAUGUCCGGACGCUACCAAGUUGGCACCCCCCUCGUUGUAAGAUUUAUUGGUUGCGGUUCGUGGUUUUCGGGCAUAUCGGGCUAAUGGUCCAUUCAUCUACUUGUAGCGUGGGUUCAACGGCGAGAGGAAGAUGAAGAUGACCUGAUUUCUCCUCCACCGGCGGCUCACCGGAGGCCUCCAGAGCGAUCGGUACACGACGCCCAGCGAGAAACAACCCCCGUCACCAUUUCGCCAUUCCGAGAGCACGCGAGCCGAUGGCGGGGAUUUGUGGAGGUCACCUCUUACCCGCCACAGUCAUCCCAGUCGGAAAAACGAGUUGAUGAUGGAUGGCUGUCUCAGCAAGGCGACCUCAGUAGCCCAUGGCUUUCAAGCAAUAGAGAUAUGGAAAACCAAGGCGGUGGGGUCGGAGAAGAAAAUGAAGGUGCAUUGUUUGUCAGUUCGAGGACUAGGAAGAUAUGGUACAAGAGGGCACAUGUGCGUCUACUGCUUACUCAAGGGGAUUAAAUGCUGACAGAGUGUGCAGGUAAUGCUGCUGAACAAUCCGAUGGUCCCUUUGACCUUUAGGGCUUUGAUUUGGGUACUUUCACUUCUCGCCCUAGCCCUUGCAUGCAGUGUGUUUCAAUUGAGCAACAAGUACAAUUUCGAACAAAAGCCCUCCACGAUCAUGGCUAUCAUUGUGGAUGUGGUCGCCCUGAUUUACCUAAUCUACAUCACGUAUGACGAGUAUUCCGGCAAACCGCUUGGCUUGCGGUCUCCUAAAGCGAAAAUGCGAUUGAGUAAGAUCACCAACCUUCCAGACAUGUUUGCGCUGUAUACUGAUAUCAUAAUCAAUCGUAGUAAUGCUUGACCUAUUGUUUAUCAUUUUUGACUCGGCCAACUUAUCCUUGGCUUUCGACACACUCUUCGAUGUUCGAUGGAGUUGUCGAAGCGCAGCUAGUAGCGCUGAUUUUAAAGAUGACCUCAAUGUAACUCACAGUAGUCCAAGCCGUGAGACGUUUAAUCGAUCAGGAUACUAACGACACGGAUCCAGAGCUCCCGGACGGUGGAUCCUAUCUGCGAUAGGCAGCGAGCUCUCGCAGCCUUCCUAUUCCUUGCGUUGUGUGCUUGGGUAUCAACAUUCACGGUCAGUGUGUUCAGGUGAGUUUUUCACAGUAUGGUCGGUAUUUUUUUCACCAACUGAAAUCUAUAUUUCUAGACUUGUAGAGAGAGUCUCUUCUGGGGCUCGCUCAUAAUAAUAGUCAACCACUCCUUGAUUGGGCCUUGACAGGAGAGACAAAAAGUUCUUUCUUCCAAACUCUCUUUUUAUAACGCUCUGCCAAAGGUAAUUUUGUAGUCAUAUAGUAUAUCCCUUUUUUAUCACAUGGUCUGGGUCUAUUAGUAUUUCCUUCAAUUGUCUGUUUCUCUUUUAUAUUUUUUUUUCAGAGUGGGAGAAAAUGCAUGGGUAGGUAGACAUGGCGUUCUUUUUCCUCUUUACUUUCGUACUUGUACCUUUGCUUUGGUUGGGUUUGGUUUCUUAUUUGCUAUUAUAUUACUCUGGCGGGCUCACUGUCUUUUCCCUAUGUCAGCACAUCUAUUAUCGCUCUCCCUCUUUUGUUUUGUUUUUCCCUUUCACCGGUCCAGGUGCUCAUGCUAGCUUUCAUGUGUUUUUCUGUUGCUGCUGCUGCCCAAUCCCUGGGUGUGCGCGGAGGACAAGUAGCUUCAUGGGUCGGUAUCUUGUUAAUCUUGUAUCUAAGUUAGUCAGUUUUUUCUUUCUUUUUCCACCCCGGGGGAGGGGGGUUGAUAGUGGUAGAGUGUUGGGAAACGGGAAAGUAUGCGUUUGGAGGGAUCUCACUUUGACAUAAUAUGAGUGUGGUUUUAUUAGAACCAGCAUAUGGGCAUUUUUGGUUGUCACUGGGAAAACAAGUUUGAAGUAUCACAACCAAAGACAAAUUUUCAUAUUUUUGUAUGUAAAAUAUGCUACAGAGGUCGUUGGAGCUUCUAG